CUCCAUCAAUUCAAUACUCAACCGAUACAGAAAAAAAUCCUCACAGCGACGAUUAAAAAACUCUCAAAAGCCAAGCUCUCCACUGUUUCCCCUCGAUUUCCUUCAAAUCCCUGUUGAAUUCAAUCUGACACCAAAUUUUGAUUCGCCAAAAUCUCGUUUUGGAGCCCAAAUUCUUCUCCUUUCUCCUUUUCCCAUUAUCAAUUCCUCAUCUUUCUCGUUUCUCGAUCCUAGGGUUUAGGGUUUAUCACCUAGGGUUUGUUGUCGCCGAUUCCCAAAUUUCUCAGUGUUUUAACAGGUUUUCUACUAGAGCCUCUGCCAAUUUAGGUUUCACUGUUAAAAAUUUCAUCUUUCUGCAGAUUUUUCUGGAAAAUUUUAGGUUUAGGGUUUUACGGCUGAGUUCAUGUUUUACCAAAUUUCUCAUUGUUUUAGGGUUUUACUGAUUUGAGGUUUUCCUGUCAAAAGAUUUAUCUUGAAAAAUUUAGGGUCAGUAUGGCUCCAGCUCAACCUCUGGCUACUGGCGAUGAAGAAGCCAAGCUCAAAAUGGUGGUCAAAUCCGAGGAGGUCAAUGGGGAUUCCAAUGAGAAGUUAGUAUGUGAGAGUAAUUUCGAGGACAGUGGAUUCUAUGGGGAUUCUUUAGCCGUGAGAGAUAAGUCAGAAGCCAGCGGUUUGGAUCAAGAAGUGGAUGUCGUUGGAGUUGGAGAAGAAGGUGGUGGAGUAAUGGGUUUGGAUAAGAAUGGGGAUCCGGACCCAGAUGCGACAGAGCAGUCGAGUUCUUUUGGGAACACGUUUUCGGGGUCAGAGGAUGAGGCAAGGAUGAGUUCCAGCGAUAUGGAGGUGGACUCACAGUUCAUGCACACUCCAACGUCCCAGUUUGCACACACACAGUUUAUGGGCGCAGAUAAUAGGGAGCCAUCGGUUUUGGAUGGAUUUGGUAGAAUUCGCAAGAAGAAAAAAGUUACUGCUCACUGGAGAAGGUUUAUCAGCCCUCUAAUGUGGAGAUGUCAGUGGUUAGAACUGCGAAUGAAUGAACUCCACUCACAAGUUUUAUUAUAUGACAAGGAACUUGCAGCAUAUAAGCGUGAAAAACAGCUGCAAUCGAAAAUGAUAGAAUUAGAUGGUUCUGUUUCUAGAUUGGUACCUCUCUCUUGUAAAAGGCACAGUAAAAGAGCCAUGAAGAGAAUGAAAAGAAAAAGGAUUGAAGAUACAGCUGAUAUACCAUCAUACAUGUCGAACCAUAGCAUUUUCUCUUAUUAUGAAAAUAAGAGAGCUGAAACUGAUUGCCAGUCAGUGGAUAAUGAUUGUGGCCAUCGAGGCGAUGAGGCUGCAAAACGCAAUGAAGAUUAUGAAUGGCUUUUACUAGGCCUCAAUGAUGGUGACGACUCUUUAGAGAAAGUACUUCACAAUCUUGACAAUAUCCAGUCUAAGGUUCUUAGUCUUAAGACUGAACUCAGCAAGGUAAUGAGCAGAAACUCCAGGGAAAUCUACCCCAGAGCUAGAAGCCUUAGUUGCUCUCCCGUCAACAAUGGAGAUACCAUGCCACAAAACAAUAUAUCUGACUGUGAGUUGGAAUUGCCCGAAAGUGUAGUUUCCAGUUAUGGUGAUGCUGCAGAUGUUGAUAUGAUUCAAUGCACUGUGGGCUUAUUGUCAGCUGAUACUUCGCUACGUCACCAUCCAAUGAGAAAUUUGUACAAAGACGUAAGAUUUCUCUGCAUAUUUGUUCGAACUUUCAUUUCUGGCAAGAUGUGUUUUCCGCAAAUAAUUCAAUUAUUUUCAGUGUUCUCAUUGUUGGCCUCUUUAGGGCGCUUCCAAUUCCCCCCCUCUGAUUAGCUUAUGAAAUCAAUA